AUGAUCGAUGAGGACCGUUAUCGAUCUCUAAAUAUCACCAAAAGACGGAAACACCAACGACUCCGAACCGUCGACCUCACCGUCGAUCACUCCACUCGAAAAAAAUGGGAGGGGUGGGCGAGGGGAGGGAGGGAGGGAAAGCACACUUACCACAUAUCUCUUCCUCGACGGCGGAGCACAACAGCGGAUUUCGUUGCGUAUCACGUGAGCCGCCGGGCGUAUCCGCUCGUCAUAUCCGCGCGUUCACGCACUCGCGCGCGGCCUCGCUCGAGAUCCGCUCACUACCGCUGCCGUGUGCGAGAGUCGCCCUUUCCUUCCUCCUCCUCCUCCUCCUCCUCCUUCUCCUCCUCGUCGUCGUUCUCCUCUGCCUCUUCCGCCUCCCGGUCGCGCCGGCCUCGGCCCGGCUCCACUCCCGAGGUUUACGCAGGGCGCAACGCACCCUCUUCUUCGGCGAGGAGAGCCUACUACCCGCCGCCCCUUCCCCCUAAACGCACGACGCGCUGCGCACGUACGCGCAUAUGUCACCUCCUCGCGAUACCUCCGCCCUCGUGGGAUCCUAUAUCGCGGCCGCCCCCGCUUCUUCCCUGGGCACACACGGCACGAGAGGGCACCCACAAUACGACGGAAUCACCACACCAACCACCAGGCACGACCGGCACACAACUACGACGUGAAGACGUGGGGAAAACCGAGCGAGCGCGCGCGGGCGCACACGUUCCGCCGCCACCACCACCACCACCACCCCUGCCACCACUCCUCUUCGCUCUUCUUUUACGUAGCCCUCCCUCUCCUUCUCUCUCUUUUUCGGAUUUCUCUUUUCGUUCUUCUUCUUGCUCGUCCUAUCUCCGUCUCUUCUAUCCCCGUUCUCUCCCUCCUCUUGGAGCGCGGCCUCUCGCUUCGUGUAAACUUAUAAAUAGAUAUCUAGGUGCGUUCUAUUAUAUUUAUAUAUACGCACGUACACACACACACACACACACACAUACACACACGCGCGUCGACAGCGGUGAGAGCGCGAGCGCGAUACUUUCGCGGAGAGACGGGUCCGACGCGUGCGUGUGUGCGUGCUACGCGUUUCCUCUACAUAUACGGCGUCCACGAGAAACGUGCCACCCUUCCCGACAUACCGACUUUCUCAGUUGAAGAGAAUUUUCGGUGCGAUCUCGAAUGACACGAGGAUAUCGAGAGGAGAGGAGCGUAGAAUUGCUAGACGACGUCUAUAUCAUCGAGUCUCGGAUCAAUCCCGGUUUCCUUCCCUUUCUUUAGCCCUUCGCACUUCUCUCUUUAGCCCUUGUCGCUCUCGUCAGCAACACGACAACGCGACGCGAGCAAGAUUCUGUUUCUCUUUUCUGAAUCUCCUUUCCUCGCGAGCCGAGUUUCUGGCGCCCUCGCUUCCCUUCGCGGCUUCACGGCGGACAACUCCGAUGUCACUGCACCGCUCUCUGUCUCGCUCGAGCAACCGCACGGCCAGUGCUCCCUUUUCCUAUAUAUACGCGCAUUCCGCCGCGCGUUGGGGUCUCGCCCCGCGGUACACACGCUUCCCUUCGAUGGCGCGCACCGGCGGGGAUGUCCCUCUCGAUCCCUGAUGACUUCCGGUGAGCGAUGCGACCAGAUGGAGAAUAUGCUUUUUUUCCUCUCUUUCUUACUUUCUUUUUUUCGCGAACGCACGACGCACAGGUCGAACGGCGACGACGACAGGGCACACGC